GGAAGUAACCUCCCCGGUAGUCCGACGUGUAGCGGGGAAACAGGAGUUAGGGUGGCUGAACGGGAUACGCACCGGCUGAAGGCCGACUGUGUUUGUGUUUCCCCCUACCCCCACAAUGCGAUUUUGACCCCCUGAGGGCUGCUCUAGAGGACUCAAGCCCCGAAGCUGUCCCAGGGAGGUCCCCGCUGCAUCCCACCACCCAGGCUGUGCCUCAUGGAGUCGAUGUUUAGCAGCCCUGCCGAGGCGGCGCUGCAGCGAGAGGCCGGGAUGCCAGGACUACUCACUCCUCUUCCUGACCUGGACCGAGUGUACGAGCUGGAGCGAGUCGCUGGAUUUGUCCGCGACCUGGGGUGUGAACGAGUUGCCUUGCAGUUCCCUGACCAGCUAUUGGGAGAUGCUGUGGCUGUGGCUGCACGACUGGAGGAGACGACAGGGUCAAAGAUGUUCAUUCUGGGUGACACAGCCUACGGCAGCUGCUGCGUGGAUGUGCUGGGUGCUGAGCAAGCUGGAGCUCAGGCUCUCAUACAUUUUGGCCCUGCCUGCUUAAGCCCCCCAGCCCGCCCACUGCCCGUUGCCUUCGUGCUUCGUCAACGUUCUGUGGCCUUGGAGCUCUGUGUCAAGGCCUUUGAGGCCCAGAACCCAGACCCCAAAGCGCCUGUGGUGCUGCUGAGUGAGCCGGCCUGUGCCCAUGCCCUGGAGGCUUUGGCUACUCUCCUGCGCCCGCGGUACCUGGACCUGCUAGUCUCCAGCCCAGCUUUUCCCCUACCAGUGGGUUCCCUGAGUCCAGAGCCUAAGCCCCUGGAGCGUUUUGGGCGCCGCUUCCCCCUUGCCCCAGGGAGGUGUCUGGAAGAGUAUGGUGCCUUCUAUGUAGGGGGCUCUAAGGCCAGCCCUGACCCGGACCUUGACCCAGACCUGAGUCGGCUGCUCUUGGGGUGGGCACCAGGUCGACCCUUCUCCUCCUGCUGCCCAGAUACAGGAAAGACUCAGGAUGAGGGUGCCCGGGCUGGACGGCUAAGGGCACGAAGACGAUAUCUGGUAGAAAGGGCCAGAGAUGCCCGCGUGGUAGGGCUGCUGGCAGGCACACUGGGUGUAGCCCAACACCGUGAGGCAUUAGCCCACUUGCGGAACCUGACUCAGGCUGCCGGCAAGCGUAGCUACGUGUUGGCCCUGGGGCGGCCCACCCCUGCCAAGCUUGCCAACUUCCCUGAGGUGGAUGUCUUUGUGCUAUUAGCCUGUCCUCUGGGUGCUCUAGCCCCCCAGCUUUCUGGUAGCUUCUUCCGGCCUGUACUGGCACCAUGUGAGCUGGAAGCUGCCUGCAACCCUGCCUGGCCACCUCCAGGCCUGGCUCCCCACCUCACACAUUAUGCGGACUUAUUGCCUGGCUCUCCCUUCCACGUGCCUCUCCCACCACCUGAGUCAGAGCUGUGGGAAGCCCCAGAUGUGUCACUCAUUACUGGAGAUCUCCGACCCCCACCUGCCUGGAAGUCAUCAAAUGAUCGUGAAAGCUUGGCCCUGACCCCACGGCCCCAGCUGGAGCUGGCUGAGAGCAGUCCUGCAGGUAAAUGUACAAGUCUCCACUCCCAGCUGAGCUUUUUCUGCAGAUGCAGUGCACUCAGACUGAGCCCCCUCCCUCUACAGCCUCAUUCCUUAGCUCCCGGAGCUGGCAAGGGCUGGAGCCCCGCCUGGGUCAGACGCCAGUGACAGAAGCUGUGAGUGGAAGACGAGGGAUUGCCAUCGCCUAUGAGGAUGAGGGAAGCGGCUGAUACCAUGUGGGGCCAGAGACAUAGAUGGACUUACGAAUGGCUGCUAGGACCUUUAGUGCUCCCUGCACCAACCUCCCAUCCCCCUGCCAAGAUCCUUGAAGGACCCUGGAAGGAGGGAGAGCACGCAGCCCUUCACAGGAUAGGAUCCAUCUCUGUCCUGUCCUGGCACUGGCACAAGCUCAGCACAUGCCCAGUAAUGCUUGUUGUUUGGCUGAUGGAGUAAAGGGCUUAGGGACUUCCCUGAGGCCUCUGGACCCAUCUGUCUUCCUGAGGGCAGCCCAGGACCUUUGGCCAAUCCCAGUUCCCAGUCUGCAGUUGAGGGUCUGUCCUUGUCAAAAGGCAGGUGCUAGACAGUCUAGACCAGGGUUUCUCAAACUCGUACUUGACAUUUGGGGCCAGAUAAUUCUUUGUUGUGGGGCCUGUCUGGUGUAUGGUAGGGUGCUUAGCAGCAUCCCUGGCCUCUGCCCACUAGACAUCAGAAGCACUCCCCCAAUAACUCCAGACCUUGGCAAAUGUUAUCUGUGGGGGCAAAAUUGCCCUCAAUUGAGAACCACUGGUCUAGCUAGACCUGCACUGUCCAGUACAGUAGCCACUAAAUACAUGUGGCUAAACUUAAAUUUAAGUUAAUUAAGAUUAAAAGCUCAGUUUCUCAGUCACAUUAGUCAUUCAAGUGCUCAGACAGUCACAUGAGGGGACAGUGCAGCUACAGGAUAUGCCAUCAUGGCAGAAAGUUCUGUUUGUUGGACAGUGUUGGUCUAUACUGACUCUUAUUUCUCAGGGAGAUCACAGCAACCUAAAUAAACCAGAUAUCAUUUCUC